AUGGACGGCACACCAUCACCCUCACCCAAAAGACGACACCAGGAUGAGGAUGCCUAUGACGAUGAGCGACCGCGAAAACGCUCUCCCUCCCACACACCACACAAUGCCUCACCAAGUUACAGGCUAGCAGAACGGCCUGCGCGCCGGUAUAGCAGAGACAACAGCGAUGAUGAACAGCGGGAAUACCGAGAUAGAAGGCCUUCAUACUCACGGUCAAGGUCACGCUCGCCACGCUCGAGCUCUUCGUCACCCAGUCGACAACGCACCUCUCCUGCACCACCACCAAAACCGACCUCCCUAAACUACUCUCCCACCCUGAUUCUGCGCGGCCACAAGAAAGGCAUCACCUGUGUCAAGUUUUCUCCAGACGGCCGCUGGCUGGCCUCUGCGUCUGCAGAUUGCACCAUCAAGAUCUGGGAUGCCAAGACCGGCGCACUUGAACACACACUCGAAGGCCACCUCGCUGGUGUCAGCACAAUAUGCUGGUCACUGGAUUCCAAGAUCCUCGCAAGCGGCUCAGACGACAAGAGUAUCCGACUAUGGGAUACAGCAACCGGCUUAGCACACCCCAUUCCGUUCAUCGGUCACCACAACUAUAUAUACAGUAUAGCGUUCAGUCCAAAGGGCAACAUGCUUGUCUCUGGUUCCUACGACGAAGCAGUAUACCUUUGGGAUGUGCGCGCCGCCCGAGUUAUGCGCUCCCUUCCCGCACACAGCGACCCGGUCGGCGGUGUCGAUUUCGUUCGCGACGGCACGCUCAUCGUUUCGUGCUCACACGACGGCCUCAUCCGUGUCUGGGACACGGCAACCGGUCAGUGUCUCCGCACCCUCGUCCAUGAAGACAAUGCACCUGUGUCGUCAGUCAUAUUUUCACCCAACGGAAAGUACAUCCUAGCCUGGACACUGGAUUCCUGUAUCCGGCUUUGGAACUAUAUUGAAGGGAAAGGCAAGUGUGUAAAGACGUACCAAGGACACACAAACAAGAAGUACUCGCUUUUGGGGACUUUUGGCACAUACGGCGAUCGUGAAGCUGGCCAGGAAUAUGCUUUUAUAGCAUCUGGCAGUGAAGACAAUAGUGUCGUCCUUUGGGACGUGAGUAGCAAAAACAUACUUCAACGACUUGAAGGCCAUUCCGACGCCGUAUUGAGCGUUCACACGCAUCCGACCGAAAAAUUGAUUGUUAGUGCGGGGCUAGAUCGUACUGUGAGGUUAUGGAGACCGAGAGAAGGGGGAGACGAUAAAGAAGAAGGAAAGACGAAUGGGCAUGAGGAGACAAUCGUCGAGAACGGGAUCAAACAGGAGGAAAGUAACGGAUACGGGCAUGAUCCUUUGCCUCCGAAUCCUUUUGCUGAGACAUGA